GACUGUGUUGGCUUAUAAUGAAGUGGCUAAGAUGCUGUUUUGGAGCUGUUUGGUUAAGAUUUUCUUAGGUACCUGAUCUAUACUAUUAAGCCUAGAUUUUUUCCUGGAAACCAGAUACACUCGGCUAUAAAUGAUAACUUUUUUUUACUACGCGCUUGCUAUCGGUUCACCAGCCUGGCCUGCAGAGCGUGCACUUUGUGCCUGCAUAGCAGAACGAAGGGGUCGGCUACUAACACGGCUGCUCAGAAGGACGAGGAGGGAGGAGCAGCGUUGCCGAAGGUCGCCGGCAAACGGAGGCGGGUCUGGCCCCUUUGCGGGCACGCCGGGUGCCUCUGGCUGCCAGACAAAGGCGGCGAAGAGCCUCCGCUGCCCUCGGGAAGAGUCACGGAUCUGCUUCGGAGAGCAGUGCUGGGGGAGCGCAGGGCUCACGGGCACCACUGGUGUGCUCGCCUGGGGACACCGGCGAAGGGAGGCGGACCGCUUGCUCUCAGCUGAGUGAAAUUUUGCGCUGAAACCACAAGGCUGUGAUUCUCGCUAGAGCUGCAGCCCCGGGUGCUGUAUUUCUGCCCGCCCUCGGCAGGCGCCCCCCUCAGCCCUGAGCGGGGCUCGGGCGGGCCCCGGCUGCGGUGAGGGCCGGGCCGCGUCCCGGAGACAGCGCGACGCCGGGCAGGUGGGUGCCGAAGAACGAUGGGCGAGGCCCGUGUCGCUGCGGGAGCCGGCGGGGUCUGCCGGAGCCUCGGCAGGCAAUCCCGGGGGCGGGCAGCACCGUGUCCAGGGCGCCAUGUUGUACAUAGCAACAGUUGCUACACACGGGCCGGCCGCGCUGCGCCGGGCCCGGCGGGGCGUGAGGGGAGCCCCAGUGCCGGCUUGGAGUUAUGGGUGAUGAGUCAGUACCGUAUUUGCUGGGUGAAGGAACAACUAAAACAUAUCAAAUACCUAUUAGUCAUCUGGACUACAAAUUCAUUGAAAAAUGCACUGAUGUUAAGCACCUGGAGAAGAUUCUCAGGGUAUUAAGGUCUGGUGAGGAGGGGUGUUACCCUGAACUUACAUUGGCUUGUGAAAAGCGUAUUGAGCAUUUGGAUCCAAGGAGCAGAGCUCUGAGAAAAGAUAAGCCUGCAGCCACAGCUUCUGAUUUCACAGCUGAAGAAUGGGAAGCAAUUAAUAGUGAACUGAUGAGCUGGCUGACAGAAAUGAAUGAAGAUGAUAAAAAAUCACAGCUCCUGAGAACAGACACACUGAAUGAAAGACAAGAUAACUUGCCUCCCAUUCGUUGUUCCAGCAGCUGCCUUUCCACUAAUCAGAACAAAAAAUUGCAAAACAAACGAAGCAAGAAAAACAUACCACGGGAUUAUAGUGAAUGGGACAAGUUUGAUGUGGAAAAGGAAUGUUCUAAAAUUGAUGAAGACCGUGAAGAAAGUAACUCAAAAGCAAGAUUCUUCAGCAGGCCAAGUCUAGCUGCAAUUGAAAAGAAAAUUGACACAACUGGAAUGACAAAGAGAGAGAAAAUUUUUAUUGCUACUCGUGAAAAAGAAAAGGGCAAUGAAGCCUUUGCCACUGGCGAUUAUGUGGAAGCAGUGACAUAUUACACUCGGAGUAUAUCAGUAAUACCGACUGCAGCUGCAUAUAAUAACAAAGCUCAAGCAGAAAUCAAACUUCAGGACUGGGACAGUGCUUUGCAGGAUUGUGAGAAGGUUCUAGAUAUGGAACCUGGCAACAUAAAAGCUUUGAUGCGUCGUGCCACUGUACACAAUCAUCUGCAGAAUUACCAGACAGCUAUAGAGGAUCUGAAUAAAGUGCUGACUGUUGAACCAGAAAACUCUGUGGCUAAGAAAAGUCUGCUAGAGAUUGAAGAGAAACUGAAAGGUUUAAACCCUGUAUCUGGGCCUCGAGGCAAAGGAAAAAAAAUACUUAUUCAAGAGAUAGAAGAUUCUGAAAAUGGUGAAGGAAGAGGGAAAAAUACAGAAGAAUGUGAAAGACAUGAUGGAGAUAAAACCUCCGCCGCGCCAGCGGCAGCGCGGGCGGCAGCGGGGGAGCCCGCCAUGGGCAACGCGCACAGAAAGUCCCACGGCAAAGGCGGCGGCAAGGCGCACGACAGAGACACGCACAAACAGAAGGAGCCCGCCGAGAGCGGAGGAAAAAAAGGCGCGUCGGAGAAGUCAGAAAAGCAUUUGUCAGACCAUGAAGGCGAAGUUAAUGGCUAUUUACGCAGUCAUGAGAAGAGUGAAAGCGCCGAAGCUGAGGAGCUCUGCAGGGCGCAUAGAGGAGGGUCUCAGUCGGCUGGUGGUGGCAGUUCCAAUUCGCUUCCUCCUACUGCAGCAAAACUAAAAAGUGAAGGAAACGAGUUAUUUAAGAGUGGACAGUUUGGAGAAGCUGUGCUCAAAUACUCGGAAGCAAUUGAGUGUGUCGCUGGUCUAGGAGAACAAAGUCCAGACGAUUUAAGUAUCUUGUACUCAAACAGAGCAGCAUGUUACCUCAAAGAAGGGAACUGCAGUGACUGCAUUCAGGAUUGUAACAGAGCUCUGGAGCUUCAACCAUUUUCCCUUAAGCCUCUUUUACGCCGAGCAAUGGCAAAUGAGUCAAUGGAGCGGUAUCGGCAGGCAUACAUUGAUUAUAAAACAGUGCUACAGAUAGACAGCAGCAUCCAAGCAGCAAAUGAUAGUGCUAACAGAAUAACAAAGACUUUAAUAGAUCAGGAUGGUCCCAGUUGGAGGGAGAAAUUGCCACCAAUUCCAGUUGUUCCAGUUGCUGCUCAGCUACACAGGUGGGAUGGAGGAAGCCUUCCUUCAGAGAAUAAACCAAGUACUACAGACCUCAACAGAGAAGAACAAUUGCAGAUGAAUCGUGAGGAAGCUAUGGAAAAGUUCAAGAGGUUGAAAAAUGAAGGGAAUGAUUUUGUAAAAACAGGUGAAUAUGAGAAAGCUGCAAAUAAAUACAGUGAGUGCAUGAAGUUAAAUACUGAGGAAUGUACUGUCUACACUAACAGAGCUCUCUGUUACUUGAAACUGUAUAAAUAUGAAGAGGCUAAGCGGGAUUGUGAUCAUGUUCUUCAGAUAGAAGAUUCUAAUAUUAAAGCUUUUUAUAGAAGAGCACUAGCGUACAAAGGAUUACAGAAUUACCAAGCCAGUGUUGAUGAUUUCAACAAAGUCCUUCUAAUAGAUCCAGAUGUUCUUGAAGCACAAAAGGAAUUAGAGGAGGUAACCCAACUGCUUCACCCUGACAGCAGUGCUGGAGCUGGCAGUCAGCAAACACGAGGGAAGAAAAUAACCAUACAAGAGGUGACUGAAGCUGAUGAACAGGAAGAGAGACAGUUGGCUACGUCAGAAGAUGCUGAGACUCACCAUGUUCCUGCUGAGGAGGCUGUUCCAAAGCGAGUGCCACAGAGGUCCUCGGAGAAACUCCGUGUUUGGGAACCAUCCAACGCUUAUGACUUUGGUCAGAUCAUAAAUGCAGUGAAUGCCAAUAAGGAUAAAGCUGCUUGUGCAGAUCUUUUAACUAUUACUGAUCCAAAAACAUUGCCGGUGCUGCUAAGUAACAAACUUGAAGGAGAAAUCCUUCUGAUUUUUAUCCAGUCAUUGGAACAUUACAUAGCUGGAAAAGAUCCUGGCCUUGCAUAUCAGCACCUUUUCUACUUGAGCAAAGCAGAAAGAUUUAAGGUGGUGCUGGCCCUUCUUAGCAAAAAGGAAAAAGAAGAGGUGCAGCAAUUAUUUGACAUACUUUCAGAAAGCCAGAGUGAUCAGUACUCAUUGGAACAUCUUGAGAGCCUUAAAAAGGUUUAUGAACUUUGAGAAGUUAAAGUUUAUUGUCUGCAUGCAUAUAGUUCAUGUUAGAAGAUGAAUGAUUGAACUCUGCAGAUUUGCCUGGGUUCAAGUGGGUCUUUACCUGGACUGCUGGAAUCGUAUUUUGUUUUGACAGCAUAUGCAUAUUUAAAGUUUGCUGUUCUUUUCUUCUUGUAGUUGUAUACAUCUAUAGAAUUUUAUGCCCAUCUGUGUUCAGUAACAGAGUUAAUUUCAUUUGGCAUACUGAUUUUAUUUAGACUCAGAAAAAUAUAUUUUACAUUAUACAUGCAGUAUGAAAUACCUUCAUGGUACAGUAGGUACACUUUUAGUCAUCACUUUUUACAUCAUUUUGUGAGUUCUGUGUUCUUGUGAUGAAGAAGUGACUUCAAGACAGAUGGGUCAGGUAGCAGUAACUUUGCUAAAAUGAGUUUACAAAAAGUAUUAACAUUUUUCAGAAAACUCCCAUGGGCCAUCUGUUUGUUCACUAUUCCUGGUCUGUACAAAACAGAUUUAAAUAUUUUGGCUCAAUACAUCUUAACAAAAAAGGUGAAUGAACUAUAUAUUAACUUGUCAUGGAAACAGUUAUUAAAUGGAUGGGUAUUUUUUAACAAGUGAGUAAUUUUUAGUGCACAGAGAACUUUUUUCCUGUAUGUGCAGGAGGAUAUCUGGUUUUCUGACUUUUUUUAGGCAGUGACAGAAGAACAAAGUGGCUGCACUUCACAAUAGAAAUAUUUAACUCUUGAGUUUUGUAAUCAGAUUAUUUAAAAUACCAGCUAUUUCUGUUUACAGAUAUAUUUAUAAAAGUAAAACAAUUUUUUGGACCAGUAUGAUUUAUUUUUUUUUAAUUUCUGGCAUUGCUUAUGUUUUAUAUUUGAUUCUGACAAAGCUCCUUCAAAGGUGAAGCUUUUCAAUUUUUCAGAUACCCUGAUGCCUUCUUUGCACAGGUGAUAUAAAUGUAUAUCAGAUUCACUUAGCACUGCAGAAAUAUCAUUAAGAAUGUUGUUCUAAUGAAAAUUUUUCUCAGGUGUAUAUUAAUUAAUAAAGUUUUUUUUCUUGGAAAGUACA